CUGGGAUCCCAUCUCCAAGUACAUCAACGAGCAGUAUGAGAAGUUCCUGAAGGAAGAGGUCAAUAUUGCUCGAAAGAAGCGAAUCCCUGACACCAGAGUUCACUGCUGCCUCUACUUUAUCUCCCCAACGGGACACUCUCUUCGACAGCUGGACAUUGAGUUUAUGAAGCACCUAAGUCGUGUGGUGAACAUCAUCCCCGUCAUCGCCAAGUCUGACACCAUGACCCCUGACGAGAAGAAUGAGUUCAAACAUAGGGUGAGGAAGGAGCUGGAGACGUAUGGGAUUGAGUACUUACCGCAGAAUGAGUUUGAUGAUGAUAUGGAGGAUAAGAAUGAAAAUGACAAGAUUAGGGAGGCCAUGCUUGCAGUGGUGGGGAGCGACAAGGAGUUCCAAGUGAACGGCAAACGGGUUCUGGGGAGGAAGACAGCCUGGGGUGUGGUAGAAGUUGAAAAUCCCAAUCACUGCGAAUUUGCUCUGCUACGGGAUUUCCUCAUCAGGUCUCACCUCCAGGACCUGAAGGAAGUCACCCACAACAUCCACUAUGAAACCUACCGCGCCAGGAGACUCAACGACAACGGAGGUCUGCACCCACUCGGCCAACAACACUCAAGACAGCAACCUUUAAAUUUAGGACCAGGGAUUAAGGAAAGAGAGAGAUAAACAGAGAGAUCAAAAGAUAUCGAUAGACAAAUCUAUGUUGUGAUAUGAGCAUCACUGCAUGCUUUGGAGAACAUUAUAGAUGUGGAAUUCAUUGUCAUUCAAAAUAUCAUGUUAGGAGAGCUUUCAUUCCAAAACAUGUCCUGCGUCUCCCUUUCCUCGGCCCAUCGUCCUAACCCACCCACACUCACAUCCCAGUUACACCUGGGGUUAACCUUUGAUCCUGCAAUCCAAAACAAGGCCAACCCCAGUGUUUCCCCUAUAUGCAUUUAGCAGCGGCGCAAUAAAUAGUGGCCGCCACUGCAAAUGUAUUUUGUUAUUUUUGUUAUAAUGUAGAUGUGUAGAUGUAUGCCCAGGAACAGACCCCCAUCCGCCACCCCCAGCUAAAUCUGCAACCCAAAGCAUUUUGGGAUUGAAGGGAAUGAAUCAAAUGAAGUAUUUCAAAUUCAAGGGAAUUCCCUUUAUUCAUAAAAAAUGGAUUUCCUAUUUCCGCUCUCCUUGUGCUCUACUCCAUCCUUCCCCCUGUAAGUAUACAGUAUGUUAUUGUAGCUGCCACCAUAAGAAUUGAUUUUUGUGCUGAAAUACUUUAUGAAGUGGCUUGUAAAUGAGCACUUCAACUCCCACGGAAGCAUUGUGACAUAAAUUAUAAAUUGCAAAGGGCUUUAUUUAUUUACAAUAUAGCUAUUUUGUGACUUUAUCUUUAAAUUGCACAAAAAUAUAGAAAUCACAGUUGAAAUGUUUUUGCAUUCACAACUUUUUGUGGGCUUUUUGGAAGCGCUGAUGUCAAAGUGACGUGCCAAUUCCCUUUAAUGCUUUAAUGCCGGCUUUCCUUCUCUCUGCCACACGAGGGCAGUGCUUCCCUGCGCAUACUCACCCUGUGAAAGGAAAUGGUUUAUUCAUAGACUUAGAUAGAUGUCUGUUUUUAGUCCUGUAUCUAUCUCUAUAGUUUACUUCCCUCCCUCCUAUUCACUCCCUCCACUUCAAUCUGGUGACCCAUGCCCAGUGCAUGUUUA